AAUGGUGGGGCAAAUAGGGGCUAGUUGGAUAUUUACUGGAAGCACGCUGUGCGCGAGGAGGGGCCGCCCAAUGAAACGCCGCACGGGCGCAAUUCGCGCAAACGCUCCGGAUUGGUCGAGAACUCAGCGCACAUUUACAGGCUGAUCUGAGAGAGAGAAAGACUGCUGAACGCCGGCAGAUGAGAGGAGGAGAGCCAUCCAAAACAACUGUUUGAAAGAAAAGAAAAGUUAAGAAGAAACAUGGAAUCAAACGUGGAGCGAACGUUUGCUGACUUUUCUGGAUCCUGGAAAAUGAAAAGUUCAGAAAACUUCGAGGAGCUAUUGAAAGCACUCGGCGUAAAUGUCUUUCUGAGGAAGAUUGCAGUUGCGGCAGCCUCCAAACCAGCUGUUGAGAUUUCACAGCAAGGGGAAAGCCUCUCCAUUCAGACUUCCACUAGCGUGCGGACCACUCAUGUGUCCUUCACGGUGGGCGAGUCCUUCAAUGAGGCUACGGUGGAUGGACGCCCGUGCACAAGUUUUCCCAAAUGGGAAACAGACAGUAAAAUCACUUGUGAGCAGACACUGCAGAAGGGGGAGGGGCCUGAAACAUCAUGGACACGUGAACUGACCAAUGAUGGCCAGAUGAUUCUCACCAUGAGAGCCGGAGAUGUUGUCUGCACCCGUGUGUAUGAACGAGACUGAAGGAUACUUAGACUUACUUCAUUCCAUCUCAACUAUGUCCACAGUAGUUUAUCAUUGUACAAAUAGCCUGUUCCUUCCACUUUUUAUACGUUUGACAUGUGCUAAGUUUGUCUGUCAGAGAAGGAGAGAUGUUUGAAGGGUGAGAGGCGGUACUUGUAUAGUCGUGAGUUUGCAUUGUUCUUUUUGAUGCAUUAUCUGAAAAGUGUAUUUAUUGUUGUCAUUUGUCCAUUUUAUGUAUAUGCCACAAUGUGGCUUAUCAAUCAAAACUGUUUUUGCCAAUAAACCUUUAUACAAAUAAACCCCAAAAAAUUCCAUGA